UUCUGUUCUGUUGCGGGGUGUGGGUUUAAACACACAGAAACUGUCUUGGCACCAGUGGAGCCCACAGUAGUUUGAGUGGAGGAGAAAACCGAGUGCAGGUCCUAAAGACUGUUCCAGUGAACCUUUCCCUAAACCAAGACCACCUGGAGAAUUCAAAACGGGAACAGUAUAGCACGAACGUCUCUGAGAGCCCAGCCGUCAUCCCCAUGGCGGGAAUCACAGUGGUGAAGGCCGAAGAUUUCACGCCGGUUUUCACGGCCCCACCUGUGCACUAUCCCCGGGGAGAUGGUGAAGAGCAACGCGUGGUUAUCUUUGAACAGACUCAGUAUGGUGUGCCGUCCGUGGCCAGCCAUAGCACCUACCUCAAGGAUGAUCAGCGCAGCACCCCGGACAGUACUUACAGCGAGAGCUUCAAAGACGGAAACACAGAGAAAUUUCGGAGUGCUUCAGUUGGGGCUGAGGAGUACAUGUAUGACCAGACAUCAAGUGGCACAUUUCAAUACACCCUGGAAGCCACCAAAUCUCUCCGUCAGAAGCAGGGGGAGGGCCCCAUGACCUACCUCAACAAGGGACAGUUCUAUGCCAUCACGCUCAGCGAGACGGGGGACAACAAGUGCUUCCGACACCCCAUCAGCAAAGUCAGGAGCGUGGUAAUGGUGGUCUUCAGUGAAGACAAAAACCGGGACGAGCAGCUGAAAUACUGGAAGUACUGGCACUCUCGACAGCACACGGCCAAGCAGAGGGUCCUCGACAUCGCUGAUUACAAGGAGAGCUUUAAUACGAUUGGCAACAUUGAAGAGAUUGCAUAUAACGCUGUCUCCUUCACCUGGGACGUGAAUGAAGAAGCUAAGAUUUUCAUCACUGUGAAUUGCCUCAGUACAGAUUUCUCCUCCCAAAAAGGAGUGAAAGGACUUCCUUUGAUGAUUCAGAUUGAUACCUACAGUUAUAAUAAUCGUAGCAAUAAACCCAUUCAUAGAGCUUAUUGCCAGAUCAAGGUCUUCUGCGACAAAGGAGCAGAAAGAAAAAUCCGAGAUGAAGAGAGGAAGCAGAACAGGAAGAAGGGGAAAGGCCAGGCCUCCCAAACCCAGUGCAACAACUCCUCUGAUGGGAAGUUGGCAGCGAUACCGUUACAGAAGAAGAGCGACAUCACCUACUUCAAGACAAUGCCUGAUCUGCACUCCCAGCCCGUCCUCUUCAUACCCGAUGUUCACUUUGCAAACCUGCAGAGGACAGGACAGGUGUAUUACAACACGGAUGAUGAACGAGAAGGCAGCAGUGUCCUUGUAAAACGGAUGUUCAGGCCCAUGGAAGAGGAGUUUGGUCCAGCACCUUCUAAGCAGAUGAAGGAAGAAGGGAUGAAGCGAGUGCUUUUGUACGUGAGGAAGGAGACAGACGAUGUGUUUGACGCCUUGAUGUUGAAAUCCCCCACCGUGAGGGGCCUGAUGGAAGCGAUAUCUGAGAAAUACGGGCUGCCCGUGGAAAAGAUAACAAAGCUUUACAAGAAAAGCAAAAAAGGCAUCCUGGUGAACAUGGACGACAACAUCAUCGAGCACUACUCGAAUGAGGACACCUUCAUCCUCAACAUGGAGAGCACGGUGGAGGGCUUCAAGAUCACGCUCAUGGAGAUCUGAGCCCUGCUCCGGGCAGCAGCCCUCAGGGCCUUUCUCCCCGGGGCAGCCGGAAGCCCGGGCCCUGCAGACCCACCCAGCCCAUCUCACAACUGCUGUUACACGACCGCGCUGGGGAGCGGGCCGAGGCCCGAAGCCCCGUGUUUGGUCCGUGCGUUUGGUCCGCCCGCCGGCUCCUGCCAUGGAGCCGCAGCCCAAGCGCCUCGGGAAAGGGCCUUGCGCCUGUUGGAUCCUUAUUUAUUGUCCACCUUUCUCCGGAGCCCAGGGCCCAGGCCCGCCAGGGCUCUGCAGGUCACUGCUGGCUCCAGGUGCCACCGUCCAGAGCCCUCCCCUUCAAUCCAUUCAUCCCGAAGGGCCUGAGGAUGCUCGCCCCUGCCGUCUCACCUCCUUACGUCUCCUGAGUGGACGGACAGAACGAGCCAUUUCCUUCAUCAGAGGUCGGGGGAGAGGUGGACGCCCCUUCCUGGUGAGAAACCUUCAGGCUGCUCGGGGACGGUCAUCUCGCCGAUACCCCCAGGGGUUCCCGGUGAGUGGCCAGCAGGCCGUGUACAGGAAGACAUUCAGCCACUGUGUAAUUAGUAAGUAACCUAGAAGGUGUGCCUGGCUACCCGUGUACAUAGUGUUUAUAAUAUGGCAAUAAUAUAUUCUACCUGUGCUAUGUGGGCAUGUUUACUGCCACUGGCCGGGGGAGGCACAUACCUGGAGACCCUGCUUUCUCCAAGAGGCUUCUGCCUCUGUGCUGUUCAGGAGACGCGCUGGGUGACGGAAGUGGCCUUCGGGGUGUUGGGUGACUGCGGUGGGCGCCGAGACAGCUACUCCCGUGGGCACGCGUGGGGCCUCGGUCCCUGUCCGCAGAGGGCGCCCUGUUGUUCCCUUUCCACGGGCACUGCUCGCCCCGGAGGCCACUGAGUUUAUCUCACGGCGAUGUGCUUUGCCUGACCCUCCCUCUGAGCUGUGUCGUGGCAAAGGUGAGAUUGUCUGAGGCCCCAGCUCCUCCCGCUUUGGUGUCGGCACCGCCUGGACUUUCUGGAGGGACCGCAGGGGGGUUGCCACUAGGGCCGCGUCUCUUGGGCCCGCUGCAGAACUCCUUGGCUAUCGUGAGGAUCCUGGCCACUGUGAGUGCCUCGCAGUUUACAAGCACGUCUUUCAUCACAAGUGGCCCCCUUAAAGCCCAACUGUGGUCCCGAGAGCGAGGCCGACAGUUCAGCUCUGGGUCUCCAGGCCACGGCGGCCUCCCGGGGCUCAGCCGGCACGGGAGAGGCCGGGCUCCGCCGCCUCUGCUCCCAGAUGCUGGAUGUGGAGGGAGCAAGCGAGGACGCCCCGAGAGCCCUGGCUCUUCGGAAAGCAGCGUCCAGAGGAAGACGGAGAGGUGGUUUGCCCUUCUGCUGGGUGCCCUAGCAGAUGAAAAGAAACGCUUCCCCAAACGAUCACGAUGUCAUGGACCGUCCAGGCCACAGCUCUCUUUGAGGGGACAGGAACGUGGUCUAGGGGUCUGUGUUCACCUUUGUGGGUUGAAGCGCUAGCUUUCUACUAGCGAGCACACCCUCCACCCAAGGUCCCAGGUCUAGGACAGGUUCUCUGUAAGGACCCAUUUGGUUGUAAAGCACUUUGAUGUCUUACCUGGGGGCUUUCUCUUCAAGGGCUCCCUGCCCUCCCACCCCAUUGCCCCUGAGGCCCAGAGCUGGACGGAAGGGCUGCCUCCAGUCCAGCUGUUUGUCCUGGAGGCUGCAGAGGACUUGAAUGGAAUGGUGGGCAGGUGCAGAGCCUAGGAAGAUCUCUGGGUGUGGUGAGCAGGCACCUUUCCGUGUCUUCUGGACACAUCACCCCUCUCCGUGGUGCCAAAGGUUACAUCCUGGAUUCACCUCUGCUCCAGUCUGUCGCCUCCUCCUCCACUCUGUGACUGCCAUGCCCUGGACCGGCAUCUUGGGGACCCUCCUGGGUACUAAUGGGGCUCAUUGUUGUUGGGAGUGCAUGAUGUACAAUGCGCCUCCCAUGCUCCUUGCCUGAGGGCUGGUUCCAGACGUGAUCGGCAGAUGUAAUGGCGAAUACCACUGGGCCGGGGCACAGCACUCCAGAAUAGGAGAAAGAGAAAAUCUUUGGCAAUCUGACACGGGUUACCAAGCCUUCUCUCUCCAGCCUCUGUGGAAAAAAAAUGUUGGCUAAUCCUGCCCUAGGCAGAAGAUGAAUCAAAGAGGCUUUUGCCUCUGUCCCAGGUCCCUGGGCAAUGAUCGCGGUGACCACUGCCAGAACAAAGCAUAUGAGGUCAGUGCCAGCAAAGGGUGGUGCAGAGUGUCCCCUCUCAUCUGAUCUGUCCCCAUCUUACCGUGUCCCCUCUGCGUUCUCGGUGUGCCCAUGGCUUAGCUUCGAUGUGGCCUUCACUACGCAUAUGAGCAGAGCUUUGAUGAGCAAAAUUGUCCAAGAAAAACACUCCAGAGAGAUAGGAAAACUUGCCUCCUCUUCUUUUUUUGUCCCUUAAUAAAUAAGCUUUAAAGAAAAAAUUCACGUAAGACGAGGGACAUGUGAAACAAGUGUUUUUCUUAUCCUUACCCAAAUUGCUUAGACUUUAUGGGUGUUUAGGAAUUGAGUCCAACAGAAAAAUGCAGUCGGGUAUCAUCUUGGAAUUGGAUCCUAAAAGACUAAGGCACGUCCCCAGCCCAGAAACUUAAGAAGCAUGAACUGAAUCAAACAUUUAUUUUCCUUCUUAUUUAAAAUUACGCAAAUGCAACAGAAGCAGAGGGCUUGUGCCAAAUUCUAUGAACAGCCCUUUCUUAAAGACAAGCAAGGAAGACUGCUAGAUGGACAAUUUGCUCUCGUGUUUAAAAAAAAAAAAAAAAGGCAAAUGUAACUUAAUAGUUUUGUAAAUGGGAGAGGGGGAAUCUAUAAACUAUAAAUACAGUUAUUUUAUUUUUUGUACAUUUUUAAGAAGAAAAAAAUAAAUAUUCCUAACAACUCGAAUGUCUGAUGUUCUCGGUGAGGUUGGUAUUGGGGCUCUUUGCCUGACUGGAAAGAAGCCUC